CCCUCCACUCCACUCUGUCCACUAGACCCCCACCCAAUCCCUCUCCUCCACUAGUCCCCCUGCUCUCUCCUCCUCCACCACAAUGAAGCUGGCGCCGCUGCUCUCCGCCGCCGCGGCGCUCGCCCUCUCCCUCCCCUUCCUCCUCCUCCUCUGCCUCUCCCUUGCCCCCGCCGCCGAUGCCCACAACAUCACGCGCAUCCUCGCCAAGCACCCCGAGUUCUCCACCUUCAACCACUACCUCACCGCCACCCACCUCGCCACCGAGAUCAACCGCCGCCUCACCAUCACCGUCCUCGCGGUCGACAACGCCGCCAUGAACGCCAUCCUGGACAAGCACCUCUCGAUCGGGACCCUCAAGAACGUCCUGUCCCUCCACGUGCUCGUGGACUACUUCGGCACCAAGAAGCUCCACCAGAUCAGCAACGGCACCACCCUCACCUCCACUAUGUUCCAGGCCACCGGCGCGGCCGCCGGCACCUCCGGCUACAUCAACAUCACCGACCUCAAGGGCGGCAAGGUUGGGUUCGGCGCCGAGGACAAUGGGGGCGGUCUCAAUGCUGUUUUCGUGAAGUCCGUGGACGAGAUCCCCUACAACAUCUCUGUUUUGCAGAUCAGCCAGGUUAUGACCUCGCCGGAGGCCGAAGCUCCGACCCCGAGCCCGACCGACCUGAACAUCACGGCCAUCCUGUCGAAGCAGGGCUGCAAGUCCUUCGCUGACCUCAUCUCCGCCUCGGGCGCCCUCAAGACCUUCGACGACAACCUCGAGGGCGGCCUCACCGUCUUCUGCGCCACCGACGCCGCCCUCUCCGCUUUCAUGCCCAAGUACAAGAACCUCACAGCCGCCCAGAAGGUCUCCCUCCUCCUCUACCACGGCGUCCCCGUGUACCAGCCCCUCCAGAUGCUCAAGUCCAACAACGGCGUCAUGAACACCCUCGCCACCGACGGCGCGAGCAAGUACGACUUCACCGUCCAGAACGACGGCGAGGACGUGAAGCUCGAGACCAAGGUCGUGACGGCGACGAUCACCGGGACGGUGAUCGAUCAGGACCCCCUGAUCGUCUACAAGAUCGACAAGGUGUUGCAGCCCAGGGAGCUGUUCAAGGCGGCGGCGGCGGCGGACGCCCCGGCGCCGGCGCCCAAGGGGAGCAAGAAGAAGAAGGAGUCCCCGUCGGCGGCGGACGAGCCAGCGGCGGACUCUCCGGAGGGGGACUCGGCGGACCAGACGGCGGAUAACAGCAACGGCGUCGGCGGUGGUCCGUUGAGUGGGGUGAGAAUGGUGGUGGGUGCGGUCUUGAGUUUGUGCUUGUCGGUGGUCUUUCUGUAAUAAAAAAAAAAAAAAGGAGCUUUCUUUUUCAUUUUUAUUUUUUUUUCUUUUUCAUCAAUGCAUGUGUGGAAAAAUGUUAUAUCGGAACAAAUUGGUCAAUUUGGAGAUCGGUGGGGUUCGCAGAAGGACGUGAAUGUGAAUAUAAAAUCAUGGGUGUCCUCAAAUUGAUACAAAUCUUUGAUAAUUUGCUAUCAAAGAGAGGUGGGCCCAUGUGACAGAUAUAUUGUUGAUUUUUGUAUCAUCGACUGUGAAAAGGAUUCAAUAAAGAGAAAUGGGUUCCGGAGAGGGGUAUUAAUUUGA